AGCCUUGCGAAUAGCCAUUUUCGUGUGCAUUAUGUGGCGAUGUCAAACGAUGAUGUGGAAGCAUCUUGUUUUUAUUUGAGGUGAACCACCUGCAAAGAAAGCUAACAAACAUGGACAACUUGUAUCAUCAAACUAACAGAAUAAUUAUUGAAGUUCAGAAUGGUCUUAGCAGAUUAGAGAAUACUAGAGAUGAGAAUUUCCAUACUUUAGAGAAUGAGGUGCUUGGUCUCUUGGAGCGAAUCACUAGCAACUGUGAACGACUAGAUAUCCUAGUCAACAAAGAACCACCGUCAAGGAGACAACAUGCAAAAAUACAAGUUGACAAGCUAAAGUAUGAUAUGCAUCAUCUACAAACAGCGCUUCAACUGCUCAACCAACGUCGUCAAAGGUAUCAACAAGAAGCUAGAGAUAGAGAAGAACUGCUUAAUCGAAGCUACACAACUAAUGACAGUUCUGCUAUUGACAUGAUUGAUCAUGAUUUAAAGCAUCACACUUCCUUAAGGAAUUCCAUCAAUGGAGUGAAUGAUCUGAUUGGCCAGGGAGCUGCGUCAAUGUCCAAUCUCAGGUCACAAAGUAAUAUUUUAAAGAAUACAAAGAAGAGGAUGCUAGAUCUGGCAACGACAUUGGGUCUUAGUAACACUGUGAUGAGAUUGAUAGAAAAGCGUUCUGUUCAAGAUAAAUUUAUCCUAUUUGGGGGCAUGAUCGUAACUUGUAUUGUAAUGAUAGUUAUAUAUAGGUAUUUUCUGUAGGGUGCUUUGACUGCUGAGGGAAGGGGGUGCCCUUGGGCCUCAUACCCGUUGGGGCUAAUAAACGGGAAAAUAUCAGAUGUUCGAUUUGAAUCAAAGUUUGUCCAGAAUGCUCUCAGCAUUUUCUAGUUUUUGUUUUGCUUAUUUAAUCAUUCCACAAAAAAAUGUUUGAUGUAUGUUUGCUGUACACUUCCUAAAGUGUAAAUAAUAAUCAGGAUUUAAGUACGUAUUUGCAAUUCCAAUUUGUAUGUAUGAGGCAUAUUAGUUUAAGUGUCACCAAUUAAAAUUAGUGAAAUAUUAGUGAGUGACUUAUGUAAGUACCUAAUCAUGUUUUACAUUUUAACACUAUUUAAGCAUAUAGUUAACACUGCUUACUGUAGAUGCAGGUAUAACUUUUCCUAAUUAUGUAUACAUCUAAUUAUUUUUAGAUACUAAUUGUUUAAGUAUCUAAGAGUGAUUCAAGUAUACACGUAAACAUGUUUAAGUAUACACCAACACUGUUUAACUCAUACAAUAAUUAAACAUGUAUGUUCAUGUAUACAUCCAACACAGAAGUACAAUAUCUAAUAGUGCUUAACACAUCCUUCAGAGCUAAGGUACGCAUAUAUUAGUUCUUUUAAGUAUAGAUCUGUCUAACAGUGCUUUAAUUACACAUUAAGUACAAAUCUAGUAGAGUUUAAGCACUAUCUAAACAGUAUUUAGUAUACUUUUAAAAACCAUGCAUUAUUUAGUAUGCUGUACAUCUACCUCUGCAUAAAUCCACACUAUUGUUAUAAACAAGAGUACUAUAAUAAUUAUUUUUUAUCCUUAAAUUUCCUUUCAUUUUUCAUGUAAUUUGUUUUUUUCCCUCAUUGUUAAAUUUCAUUGGCUUUGUUUUAACUUAAACUAUUAAAAUAUGAUUGAUAUUGUGUGCUAAAUUUUUAAAUUAAUUGUUAUGUAUAGCUAUACUUGGAAAUAUUAAUCUGACUUCCUCCAGAAUUUGAGUUGAAAAAUCCGUAGAAUUGACAGGUUUGCAAUGGGAGGAAGCAUGGCGUAGCAUAUGCACAGAUGCGAUAUCACCAAUUCUGAGUUUUUUGUAUGCUACUGUAAUAGGUGCUAUUCCUGCUCUUUUCACACUGAGAGUGUAGUAACAAAGGUGGUGUAAUGAUAUUAGAUGACACUGAACUGCGGUAAAACAUUUGUAAAUGUUUUAUUUCUUAAUAAUAACACUGAAACUUCACCUUAUUUAUUUAACUGAAUGUCCCGGCAUGUGGAAUUUUGAGGUCCAUUUAUUGAGGAAGGUGAGAUUUUGUGUGAUAUGUUCAAUUUCUUUGAUGUAAUGUGCAUAUCUAAUUUAUUCAAGUAAACACUUUUAUAUAAAUUGCAAGAAAUGGAGUACAACAACAAAUAAAUAAUGUCGGGACAUCUUUAAUUGUAUCAGAGUGGUCAUUUUGAUUAUAAUUUUUGCUUAUCGUCACACCUGCUGUAUUUUUUCUUGGUUAGUCAGUUAAUUGAAAAGACCAUCAAAAUUGUUAGCCUUGGACAUAUAUAAUGAAGGGACAUUUAUGUCAUAUUAUUGUAAUGUAUUGUAGUUAGAUUUAUAUAGUGUUUCAUACUGAAACGGUCUCAAAGUGUUUGAGGUGUGGACUAGCUCUUUCACUACUUCAGAUCUUUAAUUGUGUGGAUGUUUAUUCAAAGUGGGGCAUUUCAAAUAAGUUUCAUUGAUUUUUAUUGGUAGUGAUACUGUCAAUCUGUUAUUUUGGUUUUAGCUAUUUUAUGUCUAAUUGUUUUAUAUACCAGGCACCGUAUUGGAACAUUUAUUCAGUAGGAAAUUGGUAUCAUGUUUCUAUCACAUGGUCAUCAAUGUUUUUGAUUUUUUAUUUGCUAGUGCUGGCUUUGAUUUAAGUUGCAUCUUGGCUACAUGUACUUUAAAUAUUAAUUAGGUAUUUUCAAUUCUUAUCUUCUCUACAAUUAUUUUUAAAAAUACAAACUCUAUAACACAGUAUAUAUAAUUGUUCUUUUAUAUUUUCAUGCUAUAUUACAUGUUAUAUAAAAGCUAUUUAUUGUUAUGCAUAUUUGUUUGUAAUCUCUGCUUUGUUUGGAUAGCUCUGCUAGUACAUAAUAAGGUUUAUGUAUUUGUUUAUUAUUUGUCAUAUUGAUAUGUCUCAAUGUCCAGAAGUAGUAAAUAUGAAAAAUAAAGUUAUACAAUUGAAA